AUGGAGGGCCCGAGCCGAAACACUGGGUCCAGGCAGAGCCGCCGCUCCCGUUCCCAGCGCAACAGGGAGCGGCGGCGGAGGAGAGUCAACCUGGCAGCCGAGGAACGGGCCACGUCCCUCUCGUCGGGCUCCGACCGGGAACAUCACGGGAACAACAGCGUCCUCGGUCCGGGGGAGAAAGAGGGUCGGCCUAGUUUCGGCCGACAUAGACCCCCUCGUCGGAGGAAGAGGGAGUCAGUGUCCUGCGAGGAAGACAUCAUUGAUGGCUUUGCAAUUGCCAGCUUUGUCAGCGUGGAGGCUUUGGAGAUGGACUGCUCUAUGAAGCCCAGCCAGCACAACGACAUGCUGGGAAGAAGGAACAAGGGCAAGAGGGGUCCAGAGGAGAAUGGCAGGGGGCCGCUGUCCGAGCCGGAGGAAGGCGUUCCGCACAGCUACUCCAGCAGCUGUUGGAACAAGAGUAGGAACAAGAGUAGGAGGAUAGAGGGACAUCCAUUGGAGACUGGCUAUAUUUGUGACACUGAGAGUGAUGCUGGAGACAAGGCCUCUGACCAUGACAUGGAUCCAGUAUUCACAGUCAGCACUAGAAAAGCUAUUGAGCCUCCACCCUCCACCAUGGGCAAGAGCUGCCCGGGCAUGCCGGUGCGGAGUGGCAUCCAGCGCUUGAUGGUGACGCCCAGAGUCUCUGGCCUGGAGCGAAGUCAGGAGAAAAGCCUGGAGUCGCAUUUCCCAGAGGCCGUUUCGUCUUCUACCUCUUCCCCCUCGUUCCCGCGCCUGCCUUCCUGCUCCCCGGCCUCAGCGGCAGGGCCGGUCCCCAGGCCAGCUGCCAUCAACGGUAAUGGCGGCCGCCACCAAAACGGCAGUCCCCCGCUGUCCAAACCGAAGCCCUUCCUCAGCUUGCCAGGACGGCCGUCACACUCCCUUUACAACAGGAGCAGCACUCCAGUUAAGCCAACAUCUGUUGCAUCGUCUUCAUCUUCCAUGCGCCCCCCAACGCCCUCCUCCAGUGUCUCUAUGUCCUUCAUUCGGGGCGCAGGGUCCUCUGGGCCCCUCCGACCUCCUUCUCGGGCCAACGCGGGUGCUUUGUUCACUUCUUCACCAGGCCUGCCUCCCCCUCCACCUUUACUACAAGGCCCUUCCCACUCAUCGGCUGCAGAUCAGGAAAUGCUGCGGCAGAAUUUAAACUUCCUGAACUCGCAAGAGCGCGAAGGCAGGCGUAGCGCUCCGGGAGCCGAAGGUAGUAACGCCACCGUGGGUCGCUCCACGCCUGGCGGGGCGUCUGCGUCAAGUUCCACGCCAGGAUCGACGGGCAGGACGUCGCAGAACCAGCCCAGUGUCCAGCCGCUGGCUUACCAGUUCCAUCAGCACAACCACCAGCACCAACAUACGCACACGCACCAACAUUUCACGCCCUUCUUACACCCACCCGCUGCUGCACCGCCCCUGUUCGAUAAGUACCCAGGCAAAAUGGAAGGGCUGUACCGGCAUCCUUUCUUCCCACAAUACCCGCCACCACCCUCAGUGCCCAAUAUCCAACCUGUGAUUCCUCCCACCGGGCCAUUUAGCUCGCUGCAAGGAGCAUUCCAGCCAAAGCCUCUUGUCCCUCAGGGAACCGGUCCGGAUCUGAGCACUCGCCUCGGGGUUGUGCCUCACCACCUGCAGCCCAAAGAUCACCGGCUAACUGAUCCAUUUGGGACUUCGUUGAAAAUCAGUAAUAAACCUGGAAAGUGGUGUGCUAUGCAUGUAUAUGUGGCCUGGAUGAUCCUGAGCCAUCAGAAGAAAGUAAAGCUGAUGCAGGCUGAUCCUCAUAAGUUGGACUUCCGCAGUGACCUGCUGGCCCGUCUUCCUGGAGCAGGUGGACUCGGCCCCAUGGGGCCAAUUGGAGGGCCCUUACCUCCAAGUCACGACCUGACCAGACCUCCCAGUCUUUUCUCAGCGACAGGUGGAGUCAAUCCGUCCUCAGCGCCUUUCAUCGCCCCUUCAGCACCACACUCGUCUUUCCUCGGCCCAGCUGCACAUUUGGGUCCAUAUGGUCGAUCUCCACCCUUUACCCCUCUGGGACCCCUCGAUUCUGGUGCCUUUGGGGGACUCGGAAGCCCAACACUGGCGGGCUCCAUGUUUGGUCCUAAGGACUCACCCGCCAGCGUCGUGGGAAGCUUGUCCAAUGCUCCCAACCACCACGAUUCGUGGAACCGCCUCCACGGCACAACGUCGUCAAGCUUCCCAGCGGGGCCUAGCUGGGCCAAAGGAGGCGACAAGCGGGAUGAGCGGGAUCGUUCCAAGGAUGGAGAGCGAAGAGAUGUACCCCACAUUAAAGAUGAAAAGGACAGAGACAACAUACUGUAUGGCCGUCCUCCUGUGCGGAUGUCUCCUGUGGCGCCCUCCUUCAAGCCCCGUAGUAGCACACCUAUUUCCCACAUCAACGGCCACAGCAGCGCCCUCGGGGGUAGUGGAGGGCCUGUCGAGGACUUGACUCGCAGUCUGAACAGAGACAGAGAACGCGAGCGUGACCGAGAUGGGGACAAGAGGCCACCGCCGACAGUAUCUUCUCGGGGGCUUCCCAUCGGCUCUUCCUCUUUGGCAGACAGGGACAGACCAAGAUCUUCCUCGUCCUCUGUGCUCAAUACCCCCCCGCCAACCGGCCGCUCGGCCCAAUCACCUCUGGACCUUUAUUCCCGCCCACUCGGACCGGCGGCACAUGCCCAUCACAACGAACACUCCCAAAGAGACGGCAGCCUUCCCACAUCUUCAGCGGGUUCCGCCUCGGUCACUUCUUUAUCUCAGGCUAAGAAGUCUGAUCGGACCACCACACCAGUCUCCAAGCCCUCCUUGCUCCUGGCGCCGGUUAAAGUGAAGGAGGAGCGCAAAGAGGAGCCAGAGCACAUCCCUAUCUCACUCCCGCCACCACCCCCCAACAACACCUUCGAUCGACCUAACAGCCACCCACAUAACCACAGUUCUGGAACCCCCUCAUCCUCUCUCUCACUGACUCCUACCCCGGGGGGUGCCCUCCCUCCACCCACUCCCAAUCCACCUUCCCACCUUUCCUUGCUGGAUCGUACCCGGGCUAUCGAAGCCUACCUUGGUACUGCAGCAAGCUCCGGCUUGGUAGUGGGUCCGGGGGCGGAACGUUUCCCCCACGGGACCCCACAGGGACCCUCGCAAGGUCCACACAGCUUCACUUGGGAUCCCUGGCGGGAGCAACAUCGAAGGGAGGCUAUGGCGCUCCGGUCGGACCCGCACCUCACCCUGCGUUCUGAUCCCCACCUGGCGCGAAUCCUUCAGCACCAGCGCCUCCUGGAGGCGGAAAGGGCAGCGGCCGUUGCGGCGGCCGCGGCUGCACCUCACCACCCUUCCACGUCCACCGCCUCCAACCAGGCGGUCCGCCAGGAGCUCGCCCUCAUGGCCCACCACUUUGACCGAUCUCACCAGCUAGGACCCCCAGGAGGGGGCCUGAUGGACGAGGAGCAGCGUGCACAAAUCCUACGUGAAGACUUUGAGCGGGCGCGCUUCUUUGGCAUGCACCCCCACCUCCCACACAGCUCCCACCUUUCUAGCCCCUCUCAUGCUGCUACCGCUGCUCACCUGGAACAGUUGCACUCUGGCCUUCUGUCCCACCACCUGCCUCCGGGGGCCGCCGCCGCAGCCGCCUCCCAGCAUCACGCCUCUCUGUACUCGCGUCUGGGCCCACUUAACGCACAUCACGUGCCCAACGGCAUCUUGGCAAAAACACCCGCCGGUUUAGUGGGCGCUCUGUCAAUGGGGGCGCCGCCCCCUCUCAUUCCGUCCAUUACCAGUCAGGCGUCUACGCCGCCCCGUGGAUCCAGACUGUUGGGCCCGGGGGAGUUGACGCUCUUCGGCGCGCAUAAAGAUGGAGAUUCCAGAUAG